AUGACCCAGCACGACCUAGAGAUUCUGGACACCAUCGGCACUCCGGAUUACCUCAAAGGCGAGCUUUCUGAUGACGACGUGGAUGUCCCCUCCCACAUGGUGCCUCCAAAUCCCGAGGAUUCGGACGUUCUCCCUUCCCAGGUGCACCCAUCGUACCCUUACGGCAAUCCGUUAAACAUAAAACAUCCGGCUGCUAGGCCACGGCGGCCGUAUGAUCCUUCAUCGCGAGCACUAUUUGAGGACAUGGGGUACUCAGGUGGUGGCGUCAACGGUUCGCUGCGCUGGAAAGAUCUCGCACUAGACACACUGUUCCCUGUGGAUGAGGCGCGGGAAGAAGCCGAGAAGGCAGCACAGGCACGUAAGAUGGCGAGCGGCGCCACUGCUAAUCAUCCGCCUCCUCAGCCGCCGCCGAUCCAGGCGGCACAGAUGGUUGAUGAUGGUGAGGACGAGGAAGAAAACGAUGAGAAUGAGAAUGAUGAGAAUGAUGAGGAUAUAGACGACGAGAAUGAGGGCGGCUCAAGCGCUGAGGAAGAUGACGCAUGA